UCAGAGAGAAGACUUGGAGAGCCCGGCUAAAACUGAACCAGACUCCUGAAGACUGAAUGCACUGAACCAAACUGCUCUGAAAACCGAGCAACAGCGCGGUACACACACUCAGUCGAGUCAGAACCAGAUGAUAGAGAGAAAAUGUGAAGAUCUUUUAGUUGUCACAGUGUUGGAGUAGUCUGCAGUAAACCGGGAAAGAUGGCGAGGACACAGACUCGCAUGUUCCUCGCUUUGGCUUUGCUGGGAAUUUUCUUCCUCGGUGUGUCGGUGAAAGGAGAGCAACAGGAGGAGGAGGAGGAGGAGAGGUCCUGUCAGGGCGCUUUCGACCUCUACUUUGUCCUGGACAAAUCUGGAAGUGUGAAGAACCACUGGAUAGAGAUUUACUCCUUUGUGGAGCAGCUGGCAGAGAAGUUUAUCAGCCCCAUGCUGCGAAUGUCCUUCAUUGUCUUCUCCACACGAGGAAACAUCAUCAUGAAACUGACAGAGAACAGGGAGGCUAUCGAUGGAGGCUUACUGGCUCUGAGAAAGGUUAUCCCUGGAGGAGACACAUUUAUGAACCUAGGCCUGGAGAUGGCUAACGCACAGAUCUAUCAAGAGAAGCAGGGGACAGCCAGCGUUAUCAUCGCUCUGACAGAUGGAGAACUGAAUGAGUGGCAAUUUGACACAGCUCAGCGAGAGGCACAGAGGGCCAGGUCUAUGGGAGCCAUUGUUUACUGCGUGGGGGUCAAAGAAUUCAACCAGACGCAGCUUGCAACUAUUGCAGACACUGUGGAGCAUGUGUUUCCUGUAUGGGGAGGCUUCCAGGCCCUGAGGGGAAUCAUUGACUCAAUCAUCAAGAAGUCCUGCAUUGAGAUUCUGGCAGCAGAGCCGUCCAGUGUGUGUGCAGGAGACAGUUUCCAGGUGGUGGUGAGAGGUAAUGGGUUUCUCCAUGCCAGAAACAUUAACCAGGUCCUCUGCAGCUUUAAACUGAAUGAUACACUCACUGUGGAUGAGAGGCCAGCUGGAAUAGAAGAUACCUUCCUGCUCUGCCCUGCUCCUGUUGUGGAGGAGGUUGGGAGGGUGAUCUACCUGCAGGUGAGCAUGAAUGAAGGUCUCUCCUACAUCACCAGCUCUGUUCACAUCACGACUACUGAAUGUUUUGACGGAACCAUCGUGCUUAUCUCGUUGCUGGUGGUGUUUCUGCUGUUGGCUCUGCUGCUGAUGUGGUGGUUCUGGCCUCUCUGCUGCACUUUGGUGAUUAAAGAACCUCCUCCACCUCCUCCUCCAGAGCCAGAGUCAGAUGAUGAGGAUGGGAUGCCCAAAAAGAGGUGGCCCACAGUGGAUGCAUCCUACUAUGGAGGAAGAGGAGUGGGCGGCAUAAAACGCAUGGAGGUGCGUUGGGGAGAGAAGGGCUCCACUGAAGAAGGUGCGAAGCUGGACAAACCUAAGAAUGCAGUCGUAAAGAUGCCAGAGCAGGAAUUUGAACCGUAUGAGCCCAAGCCGCGGAAAUCACCACGCCGCCCCCCGCAGCAGAGGAGAUGGUACACGCCCAUUAAGGGGAAGCUGGACGCUCUGUGGGCUCUGUUCAGGAGAGGUUACGACCAGGUGUCUCUGAUGAGGCCGCAGGCUGGAGACGAGGGUCGCUGUAUUAAUUUCCAGCGGGUCAAAAAUGAGGAGUCCAUCGCAAACAACCGGGCUCCUCCUCGCACACAUCACUCUCCCUCUCCGCCGUCGCCUCCUCCUCCGCCCGUUGAACAGCAACCUCUAGUCUCCAACUCCGUCCCCCGCACCAAGCCUCCGUCGAGAGGGCCACGCACCACGCCGCCCUCCCGCGCACCACCUCCGGUGCUCCAACCCCCUCCAGGUCCACCCCCAAUUCGUGCACCACCAGGGCCCCCAGGACCCCCGCCAUCUCGACCCCCACCCAGGCUCUCCUGAUGAAGACGGGGCCUCCAAUGAACAACUGAUACAUCAGCUCAUUCUAUAAAAAACCCAUGUCCUCCUUUCACCCCAAGCACAGCAGAGAGGCGCAAAAUCUUAGAAGCCAGGAGCUCUGACUGGAAGCUCUGUGCUUUGUUGCUGGACAGCAAAAAUAUUUAUCUGAUAUCAAAAUCCGCUAGUUUCAUCAAAGAUAACAUUUUUUUUGUCGAAAAAACACAAACAUUAUAGAAACAACAAGCAUGUAGUUAGUUGAUUAAGCCUGUUUGUACAGUAUUAGAUGUCAUGUUGACUUGUGGGAAGAGGAAGUGCAAUUCUUUCUGGAAAUACAACAAAAAGGAUUUAUGUGAUGUUGAAAGUUAUAUUGUGAUAGUUUGUGUAUGAAUGCUGACAGUAAAUCAUUUACUAUGGGUUGGUAGAGAAUAAUGAUGUGGAGCGAGGAUGUGGUGAAAGAUGGAAGUGAUGUUGGUUAUGUUGUUUUUUUUAAAUGUACACUAUCUUAGGAUGAAAAUCAUCAUUUUACCUUUUCAACAAAAAAAAAACUUUUUUUUACAUCCAAGUAAGACGUUUAGUGUAACAGUUCAGUGAUCUUAUUGCAACUGCAGGGCAGUUUCUUCAUAUUUUAUUUAUUUUAAUACAAGCCCUGUCUGCAUCUGUUUUCUAUUUACUAUCAGGUGGGUUUCUGGGUUCACGAGUCUUUGCGGGAGGAGAAUAUCCACAUGGAUAUAAGGAAGCAUCCUGGCUUUGCGCCUGAUGCAUCUGUGGUCUUAUUAGAAACGAGUGAAAAAGAAAGCAUUUGAAAUGCACGAAUGCAUUGAAAUUAAGUAUUUUCAGGGUUCACCUUUAUACUGCAUUUACUGACUGAAAUGAUCGUUUGCAUUAUUUCUUUAUUAACAACCUUUGUCUUCAAUAAACAGUGUUUUUUU